UGACGAGACUACUGCGACUGCGCGAGUCGAAUUCAAAAUGGCGGACGUCCAGCCGGUGAUAGAAAAUAAUUCCACUUUUUCGUAAAAAUAUUGAAGAUAUUGAAGAAUUUUCAGGACUUUUAAACUUGUAGAAAGAAUUAAUGUAAAAGUAAUUUCAGAGAAAUACAAUGGUUUUUCCGAGGAGGAAAAAAAAUAAUUCCAGUGGUUGGAAAUCGGUGGAUUUAGAGGGAACUGUUUUAAAUUCCGAAAUCGGGGGUUUAAUUGGAAUUGAGGAAUUAACGAGUUACAAAAUUGAAGGAGGAAAAAUUGUUCCCACUGAAAUUAAUGAUAAAAAAUCGAAUAAACGCUCGAGAAAUGAGGAUGAAAAGCGACAAGUGAAAAAAAGAAAAGAAUCACAUUCGAAAUCGAGAAAAAAGUCUCAAAAAUCAAAGAAAGGGGAUAAAAUCAAAAGCGACGUAAAUAUCGUUGAUGAAAAUGAAAAUAACGAUGAAAUCGACUCGAAUUUCAAUUCAGAAGCUUGGAUAUCGCUUGGAGUGACAGACGUUAUUUUAAAAUCCUUAAAAGAACAAAAUUUCGAUGCACCAACGCAAAUUCAAUCCUUAACAUUGGCGCCGGCAAUUUUAGGCCGACGCGAUAUUCUUGGCGCUGCCGAGACCGGAAGUGGCAAAACUCUCGCUUUUGGAAUUCCCAUAAUUCACGGAAUUCUCGAAUUAAAAAAACGCGAGACGGGCAAAUUUGUUGUCAGUAAAAGUGGAAAAUUCGAGGAAACGGAGAAUUUAGAGAAUGAAAAUUGCUGUAAUUCUGACAAUGAAGAAGAUUCUUCAGUUGAUUCCGAAAAUGAAACAUCGGAAGAUGAAAUUUCCGAAAAUGAAAAUUCAGAAGAUGAAAAUUCCGAAAAUGAAAAUUCGGAAAAUGAAAGUUCCGAAAAUUCAGAAAACGAAAAUUUCGACAGGGAAAAGGAAAUUGGUUGUGUUAAAGUGAUAGACAAUAUAGAGAUAAAGUCAUCGAGUGUUAAUAGUUCGAGAAAACCAUUUUACGCGUUAAUUUUAACGCCCACGAGGGAAUUGGCGAUACAGAUUAAAAAUCAUUUGACAAAAGCGGCGAAAUACACGGACAUUCAAAUUGCCGUCAUUCUCGGAGGAAUGGCAGCUGUGAAACAGGAGAGAAUUUUAAAGAGAGGACCGGAAAUUGUUAUUGCAACGCCCGGGAGAUUUUGGGAGCUGGUGAGCGAGGGUAAUCCACAUCUCAAUCAACUCGAUUCGAUAAAAUUUCUGGCGAUCGACGAAACAGAUCGAAUGUUAGAGAAGGGACAUUUUCAGGAAUUACAUUCAAUUAUUGAGAGAAUAAAUAUGGACGAGAAAAAAGUGAAGGAACGACAGAAUUUUGUUUUCUCGGCAACAUUAACAAUGGUACACGAUCUACCGGAUUAUUUGCGUAUGAAAAAGAAACGUAAUUCGCGAAGUAAAAUUUUUAAAUUAACACCCGGACAAAAAUUGCAAAGGGUCAUUGAAAUGUUGAAAGUGAAAAAUCCAAAAGUCGUCGAUUUGACGAAAGAAAGAGGAACUGCGGGAAGUCUCACGGAAUCGAGAAUCGCCUGCACGAUUGAUUACAAAGAUUAUUAUUUGUAUUAUUUUUUGAAACGUCACGAGGGACGGACAUUGGUAUUUUGCAAUAGUAUCGGUUGCGUCAAGAGAUUGGCGACACUCUUUGGUAUUUUGGAUUUAAAUCCAUUGCCACUUCACGCGAAUAUGGUGCAAAAGCAGCGACUCAAGAAUCUCGAAAGAUUUCAAGCGAACGAAAAUGGUUUCCUAAUAGCGACAGACGUAGCUGCAAGGGGUUUGGACAUUCCCAAUGUGGAACACGUAAUUCAUUACCAAGUUCCUCGAACGUCGGAGAGUUACGUUCACAGAAGUGGACGAACAGCGCGAGCACAAAAGGAGGGAAUUACCGUUUUGCUAAUGGAACCUUCUGAAAAGGAUAUGUACACGAAAAUAUGCAAAACUCUCAAUCGUGAGCAUGACAUCCCAACGUUUCCGGUUGUCGAGCGAUUAUUGCAAGCGGUAAAGGAGAGAGUCGAUAUCGCCAGGGAAAUUGACAAAUUGGAAUUAAAUUCCCGUAGAAAUAAUUUGCAGAAAGAUUGGAUUCGUAAAGCGGCCGAGGAUAUGGACAUGAUCAUCGAAGACGCCAGAGAAUACUCGACAACAGAAAAUGAGGAAAUCGCAAAUACAAAACGUGCCCUUAAAGUAAAACGCAAUCAACUAAUGAAUCUUUUGUCGAAACCAUUGUUUCCCAAAGGAUUUUCUGGCAAAUAUCCGGAUAUUAAUUUACAUCAUGAAUUUAACGAGAAACCACAAAAGGCAAUAGAAUUAAUGAAAAGUACAAUUGUCGAAUGUCCAAUGAAGAAAAAGAGUAAAAUUGUCGCGAAAACGAUGUCGGCGAAGAAAUCCAAAUUCAAAAAGCAACCAUUAAAAUAAAUGGUAAUGAAAAUAAAAACACUUGUUUUUUUUAUGAAA